AAACUACAAUCAUGGAACAUAUGAAGCCUAUGGGUCCGUUAAAAAUGGACGGAAAUGUGGCAGAAAACUGGAGGAAAUGGAGACAACGCUGGAAUCUUUACGCGAAAGCCAGUGGAGCCAACGAAAAAGACGAAGAGAUUCAGUGUGCAAUUUUCCUUCAUACAAUCGGAGAAGAAGCAUUGGAAAUCUAUGAUACUUUCACCUUUACUGAAACUGAACAAGAUAAGAUCGAGCCGCUCAUUCAGAAAUUUGAGAGCUACUGUACACCAAGGAAAAACACGACAUACGAGCGAUAUAUAUUUAAUACGUGUGUACAAAACGGAAGAAAACUCGAUGCAUUUAUACUUGACCUUCGCAACAAAGCAAAGACCUGUGAAUUUGAAUCACUACAGGACAGCUUAAUUAAAGAUAGAAUCGUUUGCGGAAUCGACAGCAACAGCAUCAGAGAGCGUUUGCUCCGAGACAACGACCUCACGUUAGAAAAGGCGAUUAGCAUCGUUAGAGCCACAGAAACAAGCAAGACCCAAGUACAAAAGUUAAAUAAUCCUUCGCUCGAAGUAGAAUCAAUUCACAAGAAUUUUGAAAGAACCUCUCGCAGUAAAUACCAGAGGGAAGAAACGAAACCAAGUAGAAAUGUCAGCAAAACACAGCCUUGUUCGCGAUGUGGCUCAAAUCAUGCACCAAAACAAUGCCCAGGGUUUGGACAAACAUGUCGCAAGUGUCACGGAAAUAAUCAUUUCGCCAAAAUGUGCCGCUCGAAGAACCUCAACACUCAAAUGUCAGAAACACGCGUACACGAAGUUCGAAAAGAAGAAACUACCGAUAAUUCUAGUACGGAGGAAGACGAAUUGUUUAUCGGAGAAAUUACGACAACAACGGCCAAAAAUGUAUUAAUUACUAACCUCAAGGUUAACGGCAAAAAUGUAAAUUUCAAAAUAGACACUGGCGCUCAGUGCAAUGUGCUACCCGAGGAAAUUUUCGACGGAAUUAAGCAGAAACCACAACUAAUCGCUGCUGGGACAAAACUAACAGCAUAUGGAGGAGCACAGGUUCCCGUGAAAGGAAAAUGCGUUUUAGAAAUCGAGCAAACUGCAGACCGGAAAAUGGAAGUCGAGUUCUUUGUUGUCAAGGCUCCCAAUGCCAAAGCACUGAUUGGGUUACAAACAUGUCAGAAUCUUGAAUUAAUUAGCAUAAAUCAAAUCAGUGAAAUCCAGGAAAAGAAAGCAGACAUCAUCGAGGACUACAAAGAUGUAUUCACUGGUUUGGGUCUCGUCGAAGGAGAAUAUCACAUUGAGUUACAAGAAAAUGCCAAAGCAACGAUUCAACCACCGCGAAAAGUACCAUCAAGUCUGAUACCAAAACUGAAAGAAACACUUGAUAAUCUUACGAAAUCAGGAGUUAUCAGCAAAUUGGAUCGACCUACCGAUUGGGUUAAUAGUCUCGUAAUCGUAGAAAAGAAAGAUGGAUCACUGAGACUGUGUUUAGACCCGAAAGAUCUUAAUAACUCAAUAAAAAGAGGACAUUACAAAGCACCGUCCGCUGAAUCCAUCUCAAAUCACCUGAGUGGAAAGAAAGUAUUCACCGUAAUUGACAUGUCCAACUGCUACUGGCAUAAAAAACUUGAUAAAGAGUCAUCCUAUCUGUGUGCAUUCAACACACCAUUCGGUCGAUACAAGUUCAAUCGCAUGCCUUUUGGCAUAUGUUCUGCAUCGGAUGUAGCGCAGAAAAUGGUAGAUGAUGAAUUUUCUGACAUCCCUGGUGCACUAGCAGUACAUGAUGACAUCAUAGUCUCAGGUGCCAACACAGAAGAGCAUGACAUAGCUCUAGAGAAAGUCCUACAUCGAGCAAGAGAACGAAACAUAAAAUUCAACAAGAAGAAGAUCCAACUACGAGUCACUGAAGUGAAAUAUCUUGGCAACAUCGUUAGUGCUAAAGGAUUCACUCCUGAUCCUGAGAAGAUUAAAGCCAUUGUCGAAAUGCCUCUACCAAAGAGCAAGCAAGAUUUACAACGCCUAUUAGGAAUGGUGAACUAUCUUUCACAGUACAUACCCAACAUGUCUGAGAUCACUGCGCCACUGCGUACCCUUCUCAAGAAAGACAUACAAUGGUCCUGGCACAACGAACACCAGAAAGCACUCGAAAGAAUCAAGAAAGUCCUCACAAGCAGCCCAGUUUUGCACUUCUACGACAUCGAUAAGCCUGUUAUCCUCCAAGUUGAUGCGUCACAAGGUGGACUGGGUGCAUGUUUAAUUCAGGAAGGACACCCAGUAAUUUAUGCAUCCCGAUCACUCACCAAUGCUGAGCAGCACUAUGCUCAGAUAGAGAAAGAGCUGCUCGCAAUCGUUUUCGCAUGUGAACGUUUCAACCAAUUCAUUUAUGGGACACAAGUCACAGUACACAGCGACCACAAACCGUUGGAAGCCAUCAUAGCUAAACCAUUAUCACAAGCACCACCGCGAAUUCAGCGUCUUCUCAUCCGACUACAGAAGUAUCACCCAACAGUGAAAUAUGUUCCCGGGAAAUUCCUGUUUAUCGCCGACACUUUGUCAAGAGCGUACUUACCAGAAGAAGGAGAACAACAGGAACUUAGUGAGGACAUUGAAGUAAUGGUGCACAGCAUGGUUACAGCAAUACCAGCAUCUCCUGAGAAAAUGGCAGAGCUUAAGGAAGAAACAGCGAAUGAUGAAACGCUACAACAACUUAAACAGCAGAUGGUUCAAGGUUGGCCUGGUCGUAAGCAUGAAAUCCCGCAAAACUUAGCUACCUACUGGAACAUUCGCCAUGAGCUGAGUGAAGCAGAAGGUCUGAUCUUCAAAGACCACCAGUUAGUCAUACCUACAGCAAUGAGGAGCAAUAUGCUCAACCUGAUACAUGAAAGUCAUCUCGAGAUAGAGAAAUGCAAAGCACGCGCAAGAGCAAUCCUUUUUUGGCCUGGAAUGUCAAAGGAUAUCUAUGAGAAAGUAUCAAAAUGUGCUACUUGCGCCACAUAUAGAAGAAGAAACCAGAAGGAACCGAUGAUAGCACAUCCAAUACCUGAACGACCAUGGCAAAAGCUAGGAACUGAUCUGUGUGAAUGUAAGGGCAAGAAUUACCUCGUUGUAGUAGAUUACUAUUCGAAGUUCAUCGAAACAGCCCUUCUUCCAAACAAGACAGCAGGAACAGUAAUUAGACAUUUGAAAUCAAUUUUUGCCAGACACGGAAUCCCAGAAGAGUUGGUAUCUGACAACAUGCCCUUCAAUAGCAAAGAGUUUGACGAAUUCGCCAAAGAAUGGAGAUUCAAACAAACAACAUCAAGCCCAACCUAUGCUCAAUCAAAUGGCAUGAGUGAAAAAGCUGUACAAACCGUAAAACGGAUCCUGAAGAAGGCUGACGAUCCAUACGUUGGUCUGAUGGAGUACCGUAACACGCCUGUUACUGGAAUGACAUACUCCCCAUCACAACUGCUGAUGAGCCGCACCACAAGAACGAAGAUUCCGAUAUCCAAAGAGUUACUACUACCAGCAGUGCCAAUCAAUGCACAGCAGCAGCUUGAACAACGACAGAACCAGCAGAAGCAGAACUACGACAAAUCAACCAAACCAUUACCACCACUUGAAAUUCGAGAAAACAUCCACCUACGCCAGGACAGUAUCUGGGUACCAGCCACCGUAUCUGGACUGGCCCCUGCCCCAAGAUCGUAUAUCGUCACAACAUCAGAUGGACAACAAUACAGACGGAACCGUCGUGACCUUUUAAAGACCAACAUUCCGCCUUCAACCAUAAUAGAGCAAACUGAGGAUGUUGGUGAAGAACAACCGACCAUUAUUCCACAACCACCAGAUUUAGACCUCCAGAACCCACCUAAUCAGGGACGACCAAUGACAACCACAGCGCUACCAAUAAAAUACAGAGACUAUGUCAUGAAAUGAAAUAGAUUUAAUCGAACUUUCUGAGUUACUUUCAACUUAUCCUGCCAAUAGUAACUGGACUAUUAUUACCUAUAGAUAAACACGGACACGAUUAUUCGAACAGUUCAUAUUAAAGUUAUAUUAAUAUUUUGUUAGUUUAAGAAGGGGGAUGUAAUACAUUGACAUUGACAUUGACAAGUUGGACACCCCCCCAAUUGUCUAGACAUAACAUGUCAUCACGUUUUAUAUUCGAUAAAUAUAUUCAUUGUAAGUUCAACGUUAAUGGCGUAACACUGUUUAUUACAACACAGUCAUUGGAGGUAACAAUUGAUAAUAGACUGACGUAGAAGGAGCAACAUAAAAAGGUAAUAAAAUCAUUCAGCGCAAAACUGUCCCAAUUAAAAAGAAUGAAGUAUCUACCGAGAUAUGUACUGGAGGAAAUUUAUCACAAAGCAAUCAUACCAAACGUGACAUACGGCAUACUAGUUUGGGGAACAUGUUCACCUUCGUUAAUGGAUGAUUUAGAGAACCAUCACGUAAGAGCGGCAAAGAUGAUAUAUAACAUUCGGCAAGAUAAUUUAACGAAUGAACAAAUACUAGAACAAGUAGAUUGGAAACCUAUAGGUGAUAUAUAUAAAAAGCGUAUCUUGACUUUAAUGCAUGAUGUAUAUUAUAUGAAUGUUCCACAGGAUUUGCAAAACCUAUUCACACAGACUGCGAGAGUAGGAAGACGAAAACAGAAUUUUAAUCUGGUUAGGUGUAAAACUGAAAAAGGAAGGACAUCUUUAUGGUACAGAGGUCCUAUAGCAUGGAACCAACUUGAUAAUGACACUAAGGCAAUAGUUAAUAAAAUCGCAUUUAAAACUAAAUUAGGAAUAGUCCAAACUUAGAUAGUAUAAAUUUUCUUAAAGAAGCAGCUGUAAAUAACAACAAGAAUACUAAAGACUUCAAAUAUUUCUAAAUAGGUAUGAUUUUGUAAAUUUUAUAUUAGUUUAGUUUAGUUUUGCAGGUCCACAUCAGCUUUUAGUUGACAUAUGUAAUUAACCUGCAUUAUCAAAUAAAGUAUGAAUGAAUGAAUGAAUCCAACAAAUUGCAUAAAACUGUUCUUUGGUAAGAUCAUGUGAACACUUUGGAACAAGGAAAGUCUACAUCUUAGAGAAUCUCCAACUUAAGAAGAAUUACAGCGAGUGGUACCUCAACACUGCCAAAGGCAAGAAUUCAGAUUCAAAGUCACAAGCAAGUUUGCUGAUUCUGUUGUGGAGCUAGAUCAACCGCUGAGCAUGGAAUGCAGAAUUCUAACAUGCAAGGUAGUUGGUGUACUUCAAAUCAAAUCAAAAAUAUAUUUCACCAUACUUUAAAAUAUUUACAAGUGUUAUAUUAAACACACAAUUACAAUAUUGCUUGUAUUUAUUGGUGUAUUAUAUGUUAUAAAGAUAUGGCAGGAGAUUGGUAUAGAAACUCGAGAGAGUUUGUUAAUUACCAAUCACCUUAUCCAGCAGAGUACAGAGAUAUUAAGAGGCUGUCUCCGUAAAAACCUCCAGGUCAAUAUGGGGCUGAAAAAUAGAUUUCUCUCAUACUCUAGUAUUUUGAAGAUCUAUCCGUGGGAACAACUAAAAUCGAUGUCAUUUUACUCAAAUUUCCUUUAAAUUAUUUUUGGGGGCGAUUGGUGCUCGAUCGACUGGUAACCCAGCUAGCACAGUACGUAAACACAACGUUUUAAAUUGGUUGUGGUUUGGUUAGGUCCGACCUAACCUUCAAAUAACGUAAUUAGAACGUUGUUCAUACACGACACUAAUUAGAAUGAAUAUCCUGACGUGGAAACUACGUUCUCAUAACGUUAUAGAUUUACGGUUUCUACCAACGUCGAGAAAACGUUUUAAACACGUACGGGUCCACAGGUCGGUACGUGGCAACUACGUUCUUAUUGCGUUACAGAUUUACGUUUUCCGCCAACGUCGAGAAAACGUUUUAAACACGUACAGGUCCACAGGUCGGUACGUGGCAACUACGUUCUUAUUGCGUUAUAGAUUUACGUUUUUCACCAACGUCGAGAAAACGUUUUGAACACGUAGCCAAACGUUUUGAAAAGGAUUACACUUUCAGAGCAAGGUACACGUGUAAUUACCGCUGUUCAUAUAUCGACUGAGCCAAAUAUGCGUAAUUUAUUCUAUUCUCAAAUUGCAAUGUAUUUUAUUUGCGCACGUUUUUCCCUGAGCGUAUAGUUUUUUGAGGCAAAGUUUACGGAAGAAAUUAUUCGAUUUUCAUAUACACGUUCGAAGGUAUGUAUAUGUUCAACAGUAAAUCUCUUCUAAUGUAAUGUAUCUCUUCUUCGUGGAAUGUCCAUUCAAGGUUUUCUAACAUUUGAUUAUUUCCUCUCAUGUAGUCCUUCCGACAGUUUGUUGUUGACGUUCUUGCUUAAACCAGUAAAUUGUGUCGUACGAACGCGGAACGCCACGACUUUAUAGUCCGAAUGUAAGUAUAUAUUUGCUGUUUGGUUAUAUGUUUUUACUGUAUUGCUGUCUUGUCAGUUGACCUUUGAUAUUUUCCUUUGAUAAACGAGAAAUUUUAAACACAAUAGUAGAGCUUUCAUGACAUGGACACAGCAUGAUGCAUUUUUUCGAAAGGGCAUGUCUUAACAACCGGUAAAUAUUGUAGCUCAUACUUUGCAUUACAGUAAAAUGGAUUCUUAAUCUGAGUAUUAUCAUAUUUUAACUGCAUACAUUCAACAUGUUUGCUGCAUAUUAUUAUAGACUCGUUGCUGUAACAUGAGAACUAUAGGGAAAUUUGAAUAUAUAAGGCGCUUAGUUUGAAUAAUUUUGUGUUUGUUUUUUCCAAGAUGCUAAAUAACGUACAUAGCUGUUGUUAUACAAUCAUUUAUGAAUUCGUUUCAUUGAAUCUUUUCCAACACAAAAACCAAUAGCGUAUUGGAAAAUUUGCGCGACUUUUAUAUUUCAGAGCACGAUCGAAUCCGUUGAGUCAGUGAAGUGUCUGUUUCUAACAUGCAAAUUGUUUGCACUUUUAGAAAACGGCUGAUGCGUCUGCAGGUAAAGAUGGCCAAAAUAAAGAGUGACUCGAGUCUGUUGCACGAAAGUAUAACGUUCUUUUAUGCCGGUUUUCCACUAGCGAAUUUUUUCGUGCGAAACGACAUUUAUAUGGUUAAAAUUUAGAAGACUUUAUCAUAAGGUGAUAAGUAAUUUUACAUAAGUUCCGGCUGACUGAGCAGAGAGCUCAUAAGCCAAAAGAAUAUAUAGUCUGUUUGCGCGACAAAAUUCACUUUAGCUUCUGUAAUCUCUAGACUAUAUUACCUUUGUCCAAAUAUCGUUGUAUUCUACCAUCAUAAAUAUCUAUAACUAGGACUAUUUUCUCCUUUAUCUUUUAUCUUUACGUAAAAAAUAUUAUAUUAUAUUAUAUUAUAUUAUGAUUUAUGUAUUUAUGUAUGAACGUUUCGCUGCAAUAUAUAUAUUUCGUUAUAUAAAAGUUGUAUGAGUGCAUUAAUUGCUUGAAUAAAUUCACGUUUCAUGAACGUUGUGAAAACGUUCUUUCUUACGUUGUCUUACUACGUUGUGACAACGUACUCCGGAGUCGACAAAAUCACGUCCAGCGCACGUAAACUCACAACGUUUUUUUGACGUAUAAGCGGAACGUUCUAAAAACGUUGUGAGGAAGUUCUUUUUACGCUACUGACAACGUUGUGACAACAUCCUCUGGAGUCGACAAAAACACGUCCAGCGCACGUAAAGAGACAACGUUUUACCAACGUAAGCUGCACGUUCUAAAAACGUUGUGAGGACGUUUUUGUGCUAGCUGGGAACCAACUUGAUACUCCAAAUGAAAGCCAAAUAUCGACAUAUUUUUAGAGCUAUUUUUUAAAUCAAAUUCAUACAUAAAUUUCAAAAUUUUUGCUCAGAAAUAUAGACUUAUCCUUCUAUUUUCGCGGGUGAUAUGACUUAGAUCAUUAUUCUUUGGUAUAAAAUAGAAAACAGCGCAGUUAUUGACCCUCCUGAACGGAUAAAGGAUAUCGUCUCAAAAUAUGCCAACUUCGAAAGCUUAUUUCAAAAUCGUGGCACUUGAUUGGCACAUGACUUUAACUUUUCUAUAAACUACUAACCAUUAGUCAACACAAAUCGCCAAUAAUAUCUUUCUGAUCUACCAUUUAACAAAAAUGACAAGCGCGCAAACUUUGUAAAAUUUGAAAAUGUGUCGAAAUCGAGCAUACUUUAUCGGUAAACAUAAUUAUUGAUAUUAACAGAUAAAAUCACCUUAUACUACACUGAAUGAAGCUUGAUUAUGUAAAUAUAUGUCUUUCGUCAUUAUUCUUUGGUUUGGCGCUUGAAUCAAAUUGUUUGAGUACAGUUUGGCUUCACGGAUAGAGUCAUUCAAUGCCAGUGUUUUCUGCGCCCCUCAAUGCCACGAAUCCUGAUUGUGACAUACUAUACAAUCUUCGCUCUGUCCGCUUUGUUUACCUCUUUAACAAAUACCUUUACCUGUUUAACAAGUAACAAUGUUCAAUGAAAUUGGAAAACUCAGAAUUAGUCAUACUACAGAGAGAAUUUUCAUCGUUUUUAAACUGUUUUAUAAAAGUUUCGUUAGAAUGUACGAAUUAAAUCUCGGAGAAAACCCCAGGCCCUGGCCGAAAGAAAUCAGAAAUGUAUACUCGCUGUGAUGUCAAAUAUCAAUAUUUUGUUAGUUUCGCUCAGUAUAGUUUUCUAGCAACUGAAUUGUCUCUAGGUUUAGAAACAAUUAUCAAUGAAACUAGAAUUCAAGUAAGUCACGGUUCUGUAUAAAAAAUCAACUUUUCAGGCCGACCCUGGGUCACUUUGCUCAAAGCUGUGCUUCAAGAAUUUAUAUUAUUUCUUAUUGUAUAAAAAUAUGUGAAUAUUUUGAUAUUAAUAAUACAAAACAAUUCAGCGCAAACAGCUGUAACCCAUUUGAACGUCUCAGUUAUUUAAUCAAUGUUAUUCCUUUUUUCAGUAACAAAUACAAAGGUUCUGAAAAUUAGAAUUAAUUUAUAUUCUUCUUUCCGACAAGCUUUAAAGGGUGGCAAAUUUGCAAGUGAUAACUAAUGUCAUUCUUACACGCCAGCAACUUCGAAGAACAGUCUACUGUGUCUCGGAAUUUUCCACACUCAGAAGUAGAAAAGGAACAUUUCUACAUUAUUGCUUACCGUCAUUCUCAUCUGUCAACAUAAAAUCUACUGUCUGUCGAAAUCGUUUAGGUUUACCUAACGUUGCGUGAUGUAGUAGAAGUAGAACACCAUUAUUGUAAACACAAAAACCUUGUGCAAUACUGUCUAAAAUUACUAUUUAAUUCAAUACAAAGAAAGGGAAAUCGAGAGCAACGAAACAUUUCAUCGUCAUUUGAUUGACAUGUUUACGCUCAGCGAGUACAUUUCUUUCGGUUAGGCGUUUUCCCCGAGAUUAAUGCGUACAUUCUAUAAAACGAAACUUUAUAUAACAGUAUAAGGUAAACAAACCAAUGAAAAUUAUGUCUGUUAUAUGACUAAUUCUGAAUUUUCUAAUUUCUUUGAGACAUUUUAUUUACAGGAGGUAAACAAAGCGAACAGAGCGAAGUUCAUAUGUCACAAUCAGGACUCAUGGGCAUUGAGGCGCGCAGAAUUCGAACACACUGGACACACUGGCAUUGAAUGACUAUCCUUGAAGCCAAACUGUACAGUCGAACAAUUUCAUUCAAGUGCAAAACCAAAGAAUAAUGAUGGAAGACAUAUAUUAACAUAAUCAAGCUUCAUUCAGUGUAGUGUAAGGUGGUUUUAUUUGUUAAUAUCAAGAAUUAUGUUUACCGAUAAAGUAUGCUCGAUUUCGACACAUUUUCAAAUUUUACAAAGUUUGCGCGCUUGUCAUUUUUGUCAAAUGGUAGAGCAGAAAAAUAUUAUUGGCGAUUUGUGUUGACUAAUGUUAGUAGUUUAUAGAAAAGUUAAAGUCAUGUGCCAAUCAAGUGCCACGAUUUUGAAAUAAGCUUUCGAAGUUGACAUAUUUUGAGACGAUAUCCUUUAUCCGUUCAAGAGGGUCAAUAACUGCGCUGUUUUCUAUUUUAUACCAAAGAAUAAUGAUCUAAGUCAUCUCACCCGCGAAAAUAGAAGGAUAAGUCUAUAUUUCUGAGCAAAAAUUUCGAAAUUUAGGUAUGAAUUUGAUUUAAAAAAUAGCACUGAAAAUAUGUCGAUAUUGGCCUUCAUUCGGAGUAUCAAGUUGGUUACCAGUCGAUCGAACAUCAAUCGCCCCCAAAAAUAAUUUAAAGGAAAUUUGAGUAAAAUGACAUCGAUUUUAGUUGUUCCCAUGGAUAGAUCUCCAAAUACUAGAGUAUGAGAGAAAUCUAUUUUAGAGCCCCAUACUGACCUGGAGGUUUUUACGGAGACAGCCUCUUAAGUAGCUAUUAAUUUGUUGUUUGUGUGAGAGAAAGGAAAACAAUAUAAUGAUAUUAUAUUCUUUUAAUAAAGCAAAUAACUCAUGAUUAUUCAAUCAUUUCAUUAAACAUGGAAUAUUUAAGCUUUUUCUGGAAAGAUUGGAGUGAUGUAGCAUGGAUGAUGGAAUCAUCAAGUGAAUUCCAAAGAGUAAUCCCACUUUGUCUUAAAGUCAUUUGUCUAGAUUUGGUCCUGGCUUGAGUGACAUGAAUUUUACUGGCAAUUCUUGUGUUAUGAGUGUGAAUUUCAUUGUUAAAAGUAAAGUAAGUUCGGAAAACAGUGGGAAGAGUGGAUGGAGCAAAUACACAUCUAUACAUGAGAGAUCCAGUUUGUAACUUAUUAAUAUCAUCAUAGACAAUCCAGAAGACAGGGACUGGAAACGCCUAAUGUUUUACGUGCGCCAUCCGUGAUGCGGCCAGCUGCAGAUCUUGCGGGCUCAUUUAAACAAAAUCAAAUUCAAAAUGGCGGAAGCUACGAGUGAGGUUAUCGCAUUUGUCGAGAAAGAAAUUGGAUUGGGAUGUGAUAUAGAUUGGGAUGCAAUUUUCGAUGUGGAAAAUAUAGUAGAAAAUCCACAAAAUGACAGUGAUAGUGAAAGUAGUGCAAGUAGCGAUGACGAUGGCGUAUAUGCAGUUGAAGAAAAGCUAUCUGCAAAUGGUAUAAAUAAUUUGAAACUUUUCUAUUUUGUUUGUAUAACUUUUUCCACUUUAAUAUCGAUAAAACAACUAUAAAAUUUAUACAUGUACAGUAAGUAGACCAUGUACAUGUGUUAAAUGGACAGUAUAUAAAUAUAUAGUAUACAUGUGAUUGUUAUAUAAAUAUUUAUAUUUGUUACUGAAUAUAUUGUGUGUAAACAAUAUUUUUUUUACAAAAUUAGCUAUUUGUGUAAUAAAUUUCAGACAAUGCACUAAUUAUUUACUAAUAAUUUUCAUUUUCAGACAAUGCACUUGCAUCAACAGCAUAUACCAGACAAGAUGACCAGCCAAUGGAGAACAAAAUUGACAAUACACCUGGUAAUUUCAUAUAAAUUAUACUCAUGUCAGGCAUUAAAAUAAGGAUUUUUUUACAAGGAAACACUUUACAUCCACACCAAGGGCAACAAUCACUUGGAAGUGUGCCAGACUAGCUUGAGCACAAGUACUUGUCAACUAAGAAAAGCCUUUAUUGAAUAUUUGUUAAAGUUCAGUGCCACAUACAUGUAAUUGCAAACAUUUGUUUCAGAUAGGUAAAAUGCGGGCCAAUAACUAUUAAUUUUCACCGUAACUUGAACAAUUACUAACUAGUUAUAUCUUGAGCUAAUGCAAAAAGUACACUGUCCCAAGUACACACUUUACGAUUUACAAGGACACAUUUUCCUUUUAUAAGAACACAAAGUGUGUCAAAGAUAUGCUUAUUUUUAAAUGCUUGACUCAAGUGUAUAUAGUAAAUAUUAUAUUCUUACAUUUCAUAUGAUGUCAUAGACUCCAGUGGGGGUCAUCUAUAAAUCAUUGGAUUGAGUUAUUAAUUUUUCACUGUAUGCAUGUGUUGGCUUUGUGUUUAGUAGUCAAUAUGUGCAAUUUCAUGUCAUUUGCUCACUUCCAGUGCAGCAUUUAGCAUUGAUACACUUGAGGUUCCCUGCGAGCAAAGUCCUCUCCUAUUCUUCUCAGCACGGCACAGAGAAGCGAGAGAGACUCAGCAGAACUUGUGUAUAAAUUCAUUUGAGCAUGUGCGAAGGUUGCUAAGCAACUGCCUACACGGCGAUUUGGGGGACAUUGGAGUUUCUGUAAUUUGAUACAUCUUUAUCCCCUUGCGUGCGCCUCGAUCACGCAAAAUUUGACGUCUUCAGCGUUUCAUACCGUAGACAUGCGCGCAUUUUAAGGAUGAAAAAAUGCAAAUGGCGGAGAAGAAUCAGAAUUUCUCUGGCUUUCGGUAGGUAUUAAACUCAUGUUUUUCAGAUGACAUUAAGAAUGCUUUUUUUUUUAUUCUCUCAAAAGGAUCCACUACAGGGGUUUGAGGGGGCGAAAGAGAUCUGUGGCUUUAAACCGAUCUAGAAAUACUCUUUCUUCAACAAUUUCGUGAGCAUUAUUUUGCAUAAUGCUAAUUACAUAUACUUUAUGAAGUUUCACCCAAAUAUUUCAAUUUAAAUUGCAGAUGAGUUCGAAAAAACAAGCUGUAAAGUGGCGGCGGUUGGUUUCACUUGCAGAAGCCGUUACUGAACACAAGAAGAAAAACAGCCCUUGGAUUCGGAGUUCAGAAGGACGUGAUUAUUUAAUACGACCUGGCUUUAAAUCAGAAAGAUCCAUAACCCUAGCAAAUGGAGAUGUCUGCCAAGUAUUUUCUGAGGUAAUCAAACCACAACUUCUGCCUUUAUUUAAGUGUACAUGCGAGGAGAAAUCAGUCAAAAUAAUUGCUACGACACCAACACAGGCAGCAAACAGUGUGUUAAAAGAACUUGGAUUACAGACAAAUAAACAUUGGUCAGGGCCAAUGUUUUUUGGAUUUUUAAGAAAGGAAAUUAUAAGCAAGCUUAGUGUUAAUCAGGUUUCUGAUAAUACUGAAAAUGAAGCUCCCAAUACCGAUGAAAGUGAACCAUCUAGCCCUGAUAAAGUCACGAUAAACAUUGCACAAAGGUCUGGACGGUUGGUUAGUUGGCUGGGAAUUCUAUCUGUGGGGGAAGACCCUCCAUGUGAUGAUGGAACAAAUAGAACCUUGUGGUGGUAUGGCUCAGGCGAAAAUGUUGUGCCUCUUCGACCAGGUUACGAUGCUCGACUUAAUAUAAAUUCGGAAGGAACGUCAUUUGAGAUUUCAUGUAAGGUUGUUAGUUCUCGUUCUCAUAAUUUUGGUCCUAUAUUUCAGUGUGCGGUUAUUUCUGGUGAGGACAACCUAUACACUACCCAAGAAGUUAAACCAACUACUGCUGUGAGGAAUGUGUUUGAUUUUUUAGAGAUCAAAGAAUAUAAGAAAAAGAUUUCUGGUUAUGAAUUUUUUGGCUUCCAGAGACCAGAUGUCAUUAAACAACUCCAAGCGUUAGCCAAAGUUUGUAGGAAACGACAAUUGUAUGACGAUCUUGCAGAAUCUACUACAACUAAUGACACCAGAGUUAUAAAGAGAAAAAUUGUAUCACAAUAUCCUCUGCUUGAUAAGGUUGCAAACACAAAGACUCGGAAUGCUGGACCAACCAAUGCUUUGAAACCUCAAGCAAGGAAAGAACGAAACACCCUAGUACACAAGAUGGUGAAGUUUACAUCCUCUAAUGAUGUACAAAGUUACAUUGUGUACCUGUGCCAAAAUGAUCCUGGCUUAGUUACAAGUGCUAUCGAAGAGAGUGGGUCAUACCUGGAUGAACUUGUUUCUGAAUUAGAGAUUGCUAGACCAAGGUAUAUAAGUUUACAUAAUUCAGCUGAGUUUUUAGUUGGAAAAACCCGCUUGUCCCAAAGAGAAUAUAUUGCAGCCAGUAAGACUCUUAAGAAAGCAAAUGUUUACCUGUCUCCAUAUGCUGCUGUUGCCAAAUAUAUAUCGGAACUGGAAGUUGGGGUAAUCAAUUUACACAAACAUUGUGUCAAUUUUGAGUACGAGGGGCUUGAUUGUAUCUGUUCUGGUGCUGAAUUUCAAGAUACACUUCAGAGAGUAAUUUCCACUGAGGUGCUGUUUCAGAAAUUUGAAUUCCCAACUCAGGAACAGCAAACCAAGCUGUUUGCACAUCUAAAAAGGGAAGACCCACAACUCUAUGGCAAAUUGGAUCCAUGUAAGUGUACCUUAUUCCUUAGAGAAACAGGCGACAAUUUUAGAGCUGGUGCUCAUCAACCAACCGAACAAAUGUCAUUUAGCAUUCUAAACUUGACUAAGCUAAUAAACUCUCCUUAUGGUCAAUUUCUGAUUUCUAUUUGGAGGGGUCCUGAGACUAGGAACUACAUUCAAGCUCAUGUAAAGGGCCAUUACGAUGAUGUGAGGUCAGCUGUACAUAAUGGACUAGCCUUAACAUUGGCUGAUGACACCAUGGAGACAUUUAACAUCAUUGCAUUUCUUGUAACUGAUCUUGGUCAUCUGAAGGAAUCUCUUGGUAAAUGCCUUUGUACGUCAAUGUUUGGCUGCUACUGGUGCAAGAAGAAUAUGCUGGAUUGGGACAACAAGAAACCAACAACGUUGCCACUUCAGAAGAUCUCUGAUAUGGUAGAAAUGGGGAAAGAAGCUGAACGUGUGCUUGGAAAAUGCCCUGACAAGUCAUCUGCAGCAUAUACAAAGUUUCAGCAGACCCAUUUUGGUCAGACCGUAAGUACUGUAAAUGUUAACAUUUGAAUUACUCAAAAUUUAUUUUCUUCAUUCUUUUUCAUAUUGUGCUGGAAAUUUUAAAUUAACACAACCGCUGCGGCUGUCUCUGGCUGCUUGAUAGUUAAAAUAUAUGUCUCACUCAUCCUCAUCUUAGGAUGAGUGAGACAUAUAUUUUAACUAUAUAUCAAGCAGCCAGAGACAGAUUUUUAGAUUUUGCUCGGGCCAGGAGGACAAAAUUCAGGGUGUGUGUGCCAAAAGUGCAUACUGUACUACUGUCAUUUAAACUAUGUAUUUAAAUUUCUGCCUCCCUCCCCCCAGAGAAAAGUACCCAAUCUCACACUGUUCAUUGUGCUAUCUUGUUCCUGAAUAUCAUUCUAUUGUAUUGAAGCAAUGCCUGGCACAAGAUGGUACAAUGGCCAUUCCGAGCCUUGAGAAAAGUAGCAUGAUCGCCAUUAUAAUGUCUCAGAAUGUAGUGAAAGAUCAAAAGUACAGUAACUAUAACAUCUUCAGUGGCACCGCCAGCUCGAUAACACAUUCAUAUACUCGUGUUCUGCAUUAUUAAUUUCUUUUGAGAUCUAUUGUUUUUAAGGUCUGUGAACACGAACAUAUGAAUAUUGACCCCCUCCCCCCCCAAAUUAUCGAGCUGGCGGAUUGAACAUCUCACAGGUUUUCUGGCAUCCUUGCGAUAACAGAAAUCUCAUACUGUGUAUUUUUGUAAAACUAGUCAUGCCUGUAUUGUGUACUGUAGUUAAUUAUUCUGCCAGUUACUGUACUUUUAAAUUUAUCAGCAAUGGUCUUCAUAAUUAUUUUUACAGGGGUUACCUCUGUUUACCGCAUUCAGUGAGAGCUGCCUCCUACCAUGUGGUCUGCAUUUAAUACUAGCUGUUCAUAGAUAUCUGUGGAGGAUGCUCUUUGAAAUACUUUCAAAAAGGGGGCAAGAAUCUCAAAUUCCUGUCGCACUAAGAGCAAUAAACUGUGGGUACCUUGCAUAUCAGAUUGAAAGUUACCAGAAAAGGUGAGGUGUUAAAACUAGUGUAAUUAAUACUUAGACUAUAUCAUGUAAUACUGCAUUACGGUACUGUUUGUAAGCCCUGGGUUUAUGGACCAAUUUCAUGGCUGCCAUUUUAAAUAAUCUUUUAUAUUAAACAGGAGUUAAAAAAAUAUUGUGGCUUUUUCCCACUUAAGCUUGUUGUCGCAACAAGUUAUAUUUGAAGGGGUACGUGUAACAAAGUGUUGUUUUACAUUCUUCAAUAAACACUUAUUGCAUACAAUCAAAUAUUUUCAGUAAACACAAGUACUAUGAUGGAAGCAGCACCUUAAAGAUGGUUGGUCAUGACUGCAAAAUGCUUGAAGAAAAUUGCACAAAAUUUAUCAAUCACUUCUUGAAGGUAAAAAUUCCAAGAUUGCUUGCAUUUAUUUCAGGUCUGGCUUGGUUUUUAAACGCCCAAGCCUGUUCAUGAGUUCAUCUCUGUGGAAAGUUAUACAAUAGAUUAAAAUUACUGUACACAGUUUUCUUUUUGCAACAAUAUGAAAACUUAUUUCAUGACUGUUUUAAAAUAAAUUUCAGCAGACCGAGUCUUGGGACGAUAACAGUUUCCUGAAGAUGAGACAACUUCACCAUUUAUAUGAAAAGUUUAAUGAUCUAGCCAGGUAUAAGCUGAGACGCUUAUGUGAAGGAUUACUUGUAAAUGUUAUACUAGUGUUAAUUCGGAUUUAAAGAUGCGGUAAAGUCCGUUCUGCGCAUCAAAACAUUCCAUCAGUGGGGGAGCAACCUUUGGAAUGUUGUUAAUAUUUCACACCUUCCAAACUUUCUUUAAUUGAAUCUCUAGUCUGUAUUCAUUUACAAGCAUAACGAACCAGAAAAGUGUUAAAAAUUCAGUAUAAUAUAUAUCUAAUCAUAUUUUACAACUGUAGCACUGAGUACAAAAUGUAAACAAAGCGUUUGUUUACAUUACGGACUUUAUCAUGUAAAGUCCGUAAUGUAAACAAACGCUUUGUUUACAUGGUGAUCUUUAAUUAAAAUGCAAUGUUUAUUUAACAUUUUCCGUGUUGAUAUACAGUUAUAUCGACACAGUGGAAAUUGGGAAAACAAGAGAUUGUGUGGAAACACGACGCCUGGGGAGGGGGGAGUGUUUUCACACAAUUUCGAGUUUUUCCAAUAUCCACAAGUUAUAUAUUUUUUAUAAUAUAGCACGAAUAAAUAUAAAGAAAGAAAUUUUCCGUGAUGACAUUGAGUUAUAUCAACACAGCUCUUAGCCAAUCAGCGUUCAGAAUUUGCAAAUGCUAUAUUAUAAAUCUAGAUAUCAACCUUGCACUUUUAAUUUAGUUUCAGGUUGAUCUCUAGAUAGCAAUUUAAUUGCAUUUGAAUUGUCCAUUGUGGGGGAUAUAGUAUACUGAAUUUAUAACACCUGUCUUUUGAUACCAUCUUACCCUUAGGGACCUGCGUGAUCAUAACUCGACAGCUGCCAGAUGUGACUCAUUCCAGGCCAGGUCCGAAAACUUCUUUCAGAAGAUGAAGCAGUAUGGGCCUGCACAAUGUACAGCAAAGCUACCAUAUCUUCAUAUUAUGAGAGAUCACAUUGGAAGGCAAAUGAAGUUUUGGUUUGAAAUGCUGGGUUGGGGCUAUGGGUACUUUUCAUGUGUUGCAUCAGAACACCUUAACAAGAUGGUAAAGACCAUGGAGUGGGGUUGCACAAACCGUGAUGAAAGGAGGUUCUUAUACAUAAUGAAGAUGUUCCGUACCCAACAUUUCCACUAUCCUGAAAAUGUGUUUACGCCAACUCGGGAUGUCACAUGUUCUGCAUGUCAUCAAAAAGGUCACACAAAGAAGAACAAGGCUUGCCCUAUGCACCCUUCCCAACCAGUGAUCCAAUUUGACAAGUCUGAUGAUGAAGACAGCUAACUCUACCCUUGAUUAAUUGAAAUGAAGUCGUCUGGAUUUAUUUCGGCAGAGUAGAAUGCUAAAGUAGGGAGCAUUGUGUGUUAAAGGGUUACAGGAUCCAUUUGAAUUUAGUAUGGUUAACAAGAAGCAUUGGCAGAUGCAUUUAGCAUAG